AUGGCUUGGCUGGGUAUUGCGCGCCAUCCACAUCAAGAUGUAGAGCCAGAAUCCAACGAAUCUCUCGUCUGGGGCGCAGCCUACCACAUCCCCGCCUCCCACGCCGAAGAGGUAAACGCCUACCUCGACGACCGUGAAAUCAACGGGUAUAGCGUCCAUUACACGCCCUUUCAUCCACACGUUACUCCAGCCGGCAGCGCGGAGCCGAACGCGCCCAAUCCUGCAAACGCAUCAUCACCAUUCCUCUGCAUGGUCUACAUCGGUCUGCCGACCAAUUCCCAAUUCUUGCGUAACCCAGCUGAUCGCGACCCGGCUUCCGUGGCGACGGUGAUCUUUCGGAGCCGUGGCCAGAGCGGGGAGAAUAAAGAGUACCUGUAUCUUCUAGAGAAGGCACUCGAGGGUAUCGGGCUUGGAUAUGCAGAUGCUCAUGUUACGGAUUUGGUGAAGAGGGUCAGGGCGCUGGAGGGGGUUCGAGAGGGUAGGAAGAGUCAGAGCGAGAUUGAGGUAGAGAGACUUGCUAUUCCAGCCGAGGAAUAUCGGGAAGAUGAAGCGCUGGAAGAGGUGGAUGAGCCCAUGAGGCGAAAACCUUGA